AUGAAAAUUUGCAACAGAAUAUCCCACCUGCUGUUCACGCUUAUUUACAUUUCAUUACACACAGUUCUGGGUGCAAAACAACUCAAAGCCUCGGCUGAAGUGUCUGCAUUUAUUGGAAAUGAUGUCACCAUGCCCUGCCAAUUAAUCCAGCAGCCAGAGAAUACAAAUAUUACUCAGGUUCAGUGGACUCUCCUGCAACCAGAGCAAGAGGGAGUCCCCCUUAUUGUUUAUAACAGUCAGCUUGGGUUGAAUAUUCCCAAUUCUCCACUGAGCCAGAGGGUGAAGUUGGCAGGACAAUCGCUGAUUAUUAAGGCUGUGGAAAUGGAAGACGCGGGGUUGUACACCUGCAGCAUUUCCGCCUUUCCCAGUGGUAAAUUUGAAAGAAUCACCAAACUUGUUGUUGAAGGUGAGAUGGUGAGAUUACCAAAACUCAUCGCUUUUGGAGUAUUCUUGCUGAUAAAUGGUGCCAUGAUAGCCACGACUUAUUUCAUAAUUAGAAGAAGAAGACGUAACGUUGUCUUUGAGCAUCGGGUCUACACAGAUACAGUUGAAACAGUGAUGUUAGACUGAAAGAGGUACACGAUCUUUUCUGCAGUGAUGUCGAGUUCAAACCAUCCUGAAAUGUACCUCAUCCUCCGCUGACAAGCAUAAAGAGACUCAGGAUGUUACGCUUCAAAUGAAGAUACUCUUUUACAUUACUCAUUACAACAGUUACAUCUUCAUAGCAAUGGAUACAUAAAGUAAAGCCUACAAGAUGCUACUGGUCUAUAUUUCCCUUAAAGCUUUUUUUUUUUCUUGUCUCAAUGCAUGCCUGCCGAAAGGGUAGUAAAUGCAUGCUUGGUUCGGUGGUUUAGAACAAACAUUGGCCAAUCUUUGCAUUACAGCAAAGUUUUUCAAUUUACAAUUUCACAAUUUGCCUAAAGAGAGGAAGUCACAGGAAGUACUCCUGCACAUUCCCACAAGGGACACCACUUAAAGGUGUUUUGGGGCAGCAGUGGCCCAAAAUGUGGAAGGU